AUGGCACCUAUCAUGGUCGCAAAUGCUUGGCUGGAUGAUGCGAGACAGCAUGUAAGGCGCUUGGCGGUGCAAAUUCUGGGGCGUAGUUGCGCUGGCCACUGUGCCCGUGAUGCUUUGGAUGCUGCAGUGGGCCAUCUGCGAGAUCGUCGGUUCUUUGUCCGCAAAGGUGCUGUGGAGGUCUUGGGCACUGGCGCUUUGCGUGGCAGCAGAGAAGCGGCAAUUGCACUACGAGGGUGCCUAGAGGACGCAUCCGUGCACGUUAGAGAUGUCGCCCGACGCUGGCAUAUGCGAGUGGUGUGCAGUGCAGCCUUGUGGCUGCAGGGUGAGGAUCCGAAAAGAGAAACAGGAUUUGAAAUCCUCGCUGCGCUGGCCAAGCUGGGCGAUCGAGAUGCGAUCAUAGCAGCAGUGCAGGCGCUGAAAAGUCUGUCGCCAAGUUGUCGACAGGCCGGCGUGGAUAUUCUGGGACACGGAGCGCGGGCACAGGCACAUCCUCUGGCAUGCAUGGCAUUGGCCAUGUGUGUGGCUGACGGGGAUCAAGAUUUACCCACGAGCGAGCAGAUCGCCAAAGCCAGGCAGCUGCUGUCUCUUUCAUCUCGGGACAUCUCGCAUGCUUUGGAUGUCCAUCUUGAAAGCGUGGAGAACUCCUCUCCAAGCGAAGCUGAAGAGCCUGAAGAGCACGAUCACACCGGGCGUACACAAGAGCUCCUGCAGCACCUUCGACAACACUUGAUUGCGGAAGGCAUUGCAAAAGCAGUCCGUGUCAUCUUGGAGACGGCCGUUGAAGAUCCAGAACCUUUGACAGGUGACCGGACAACCUUUCCACGCCUUCCAAGCGAUAUUCCUGCCGCAUUGAACGUGCUAUCUGCACGCAGAGACAAUUGCAGGAGCCUUUGUACUCUCUUCUCUGUCCUGAAGGCUUCCGGCUCCUUUGUGAGGAUCUCGGCUAUGCAGGCCUUGCGUGGUCCUGCAGAACAAGGAAGCCUGGAAGCGAUAGCCGCUCUCUGUGGCAGUUUGGAGGACGACUGUGCUGACGUGCGGGAGCAGGCCGUGGAUGUCCUUGGAGGCAUACCAACACAGCGGUUUCUCUUGGAGACGGUGGCCAAACGCCUUGCGCAUGAGCAGUCGCACGUGAGAGUGGCGGCUGUGGAACUCCUUUGCAGAAACAGCGACAGGGAUGGCGUUUGCGAUGUGACCCUGCCGUAUCUUGAGAGUUUGAACUCUGGAAUAAGGCAAUCCGCGAUCCGAGUACUGGCUUCGAUGGCCACUCGCAGUGAGAAGGCCAUGUCUGGCUUACGAGAACGUCUCGACGAUAAAGAAAUGGAAGUCCGGCAAGAAGCCCUCGUGGCGCUUUGCAUGCUCGAGUCGCCUGAGCGCACGACCCAUGACAGUCUCAGCGCGUGGACUCCCUAG